CGAACAUCAAAGACGGCUGUAUAUUGUUUCGUUUAUAUGUUAUGAAUCGAAUUAUAUUUAUUAAGUAUAUCACUUGAAGGGAAAAAGGCAGGACUUCAUAUGCACGCUAAGAACAAACAAAAUGAGUUUCUUUAGUUCAGGCAAGAAAACCAAACAGCAGCAAUCAGAAAUAGAAACCUUAACGCAAGAGAGAGAUAAUUUAAAACAAAGUUAUUCCGAAAGUACACAGAAGAUACGUGAUGAAGAAAACAGAUCAGCUGAAUUAUUGCAAGAUGUCGAGAGGCUUAAAAUAGAAAAUACUGAACUAAAAAAUAAGCUGCAUACCGAAGAGCCAUAUGAAAAGAUUUACAAUGAACGUCAAGACCUUAAAGAAGAAAAUAGCAAAAUGGCUUCACAGAUCAAAGAAUUUGAAAAAGAGCUUAAAAACAAAGAGGAAACAAUGGCAGAAACAAUGAAAACAUACAAAGAAGAUCAAGAUCGAGCACAAAAAGAAACGGACGAGCUAGUGAAGGAUGUAGAGAAAUAUAAAGAAAGAUUAAAAGAACUUGAGACUGAAAGAGAGGAACAGGAAAAUAAAAUAGAUGACCUUGAGAAAAAGAACAAUGAAUUUGAGGAUGAAAUGGUAAAGUUAAAAGAAGACUUUGUCAAAAUAAAGAACGAGAAAGAAGACAUGAGUAAACUUUUAGAAGAAGAGAAAGAAAAUGAAGUCAAACGGAACAGACAGUAUAUUGAAGAUCUUAGACGAGAACUGGCUGAAAAUAGGAACAAAAUUGAAGGAAUGUUACUGGAAAGUGAAGCAUUAAAAUCUGAAAAUGAGUCACUUUUUCGUGCAAACGAAUCAAAGAAAGAUGAAAUAAAUGAAAUACAGAAGGAAGUUGGAAGUAUUAAGAAUGAAUUACAACUUGAAAAACUUAGAUAUAAGAAAAUUAAAGAGGAAUGGGACGAAGAAAAAAGAAAGACUGAAUUCGUUCUUGUGAGUAAAUCCGCUAAAGAGAGACAACGAAAGGGAAAAGAAGCAUCCAUAAAAGAGGAGAACGACUCUGAAGAUGAGCAUGUGGUUGGAGUUAUUGAGGCUGCAAAAGUUGAAAAAGAAACUAUGAUUGCACACGAAAGAGAGCUACGAAAACGUGUAAAUCAGCUUCAGAUUGACAAAGAAGAACUUUUUCGGUCAGGAACAAAUUUAUUUACUGAAAAUAAGUCGUUAAAGGCCAAAUAUGACCAAAUUUUAGGAGAAAGAACGAUGCUUCUCCAGGUGGAAGCAGCUCUCAAACGAAAAGUUCGGGAACAAGAACGGGAAAUUAAAGACAUGAAAAAGACUAUUGAUGAUUUAUAUUAUCAGAAUAUGGCAAUCAGAACCAAUGAGGAAAACGAAAACAAGAAAAGUUCGUAUGUCGUUGUCAUGGGAAAUGAAAUGAUAAAGCAGCUGGAGCGUGAAAAAAGUGCACUACAUAGAAGGGUUAAGUUUUUGGAGAAAGAAAACAAUGAGAUAGAAACAAGGGUUAUAGAAUUAGAAAGGCAGUCUGCAGACCUUGUUAACUACUCUAAAAAGUAUGACAAGCAUUCCAACUUUCCAGAAGUAAGAAGAAGUCGAGACCGCGACUAUAGAGAUGCACCAAGAUCUCGAGAUAGAAACAGAGAGCAUAGCAUCGAUAGAGAUUCACAUCGUAUCGAAAGAGAUUUACAUCGUAUCGACAGAGAUCCACAUCGUAUCGACAGAGAUCCACAUCGUGUCGACAGAGAUUCACAUCGCAUGUCUGGUCGAGAUAAUAACAACCGUAGAAAUCUUGACUAUCGCCCUCCGUCAGGAAAGACCACAUCAUAUCACGAAUACAGAGAAAAGCCAAGACAUGAUACAACAAUAGCAACGAGAAGUCCAGAUUAUUACAAGAGUAAUGCACCGCCUUUCACAAACUCUCCUUCGAGACAGCCAAGUAUAGGACCUGCAAGCAUCCGUUCGAUGCAGAGCCAGGACUCAAGGUUCUCAUUACCAUUUAUCGGAUCUCGAGCAACCCAAUCUCCAAGACCCUGUAUAUUAUCCGAAUUGACACACAUAAGCAUGAGUAGCGCCGGAACCACCCUGCCAGGGCGGGCAUGGGUUUCGUCCAAACCUCCAAACUAUGUAACCCAACCAGGAUUUAAAAAUGAAGACGGAAAUCUAAGGGAAAGGAGUCCUGACCUAUUCCAAGCUUCGCCGGUGAAAUAUGAUCCACAGCGGCCCGGAGGCACAAUAUUCACGGGUAGAACCUUGAAUACCUUCAAAAAGAAAGGCGAAAAGCCUGGUAUUCUUAAAAAACCAGAAGGAAAUGAUCAAAAGAAACCAAAUGUACGGUUCUCAGAGACGGACCAGGAUGAAAAUGAUGGUAGAGAAGUUGUAACAACUAAUCUAGGCGGAGGAGUUGUUAUCAAAACAACAAAAUCAUAUGAAUCUGUUAUAGCCGAACGCGAUGCUCUUCUAGAGUCGGAUAAAGUAUACAGAAGAAGGAUUAAACAGCUGGAAGAGGAAAAUACCCAGAUUCUUCUAGACUAUGAAGGAAUUUAUAAAGAAAACAAUACACUUAGAGACAAACUUGACAAGGGUGACGAUAAUCAUAUCGAAUCGUACCAAAGAGUUUAUGCAGACAGACAAAUUUUGAGAGAAGCAGAAACUGCUUAUAAACGUCGAAUAACUCAACUUGAACAAGAUGCAAAAGAAAUGCUUACCAAUUUUGAAACAUUAUAUGGUGAAAAUAAAGUGCUAAGAGAUAAAGCAAAGAAAUUGGAAGAAAGGUUAAACUCUAUUGAUAGGUUAGAUGAUGUUAAGAAGAUAAAUGAAUUAGAAAAGAAGUGUAAAAUGUUAGAAAAGACAGUCAGGACAAUGGGAUAUGAAAGAGAAGAUUUAGUAAGAAUGAAUCACGAGCUUGAUAAUGGAAAGUACAGACUAAAAGAGGAUUUGGCCGAAAUGAAUAAGAGAAACAACUUGCUAGAAAAAGAAAAUGAAGGUCUGAAAAGAGGAUUCAUGGCACUUGGAAAAAAUACCGACGAAUCGUGGAAAGAUGAACUGAAACAAAAGACCAGACGUCAGGAAGAAGAAGAAAGAUUAAUGAGAGAAGAACAUGCUAAAUUCAAAAAGGAAAUAGACAUAUUAAACAAAGAAAUGCACAAACUUGAAAAGGUGAAUGUCGAAAUGCAGACAAGAAACAACAUGCUUGAAAACGACAAGGCAGAUUUUGAGAAACGAAUGUUUGAACUAGCAAAAGAAACUGGCAGAAGAACGCCUUCGGGAGUAAAGAGGCGAAAUGAAGAAAUGUCUAACAUAAAGGAUCAAAAGAUAGAAGAAAUGACUCAGAAAAUAGAAGAACUGAAGAACGAAAACAUUGAACUCAAAGCAAAAACUCAAAUUUUGGAAAAGGAAAAGGAAACCUUCGAACAAAGACUUGAAGAAGCUUCAACAAAAAAACGUGAAACAGCAUCCUCUAUUCGUAGGAAAAUGGAAACCGAGAGAGAAAUACGAGAUUUAAAUAUGCAUAUUGAGAACUUUAAAGAAAAGGUCAAGCGUCUAGAAGUUGAGAAUUCUGAUUUAAAAGAAGAAUCAAAGAGAAUGGAAAUUGAGGCAAAAGCACAAAAGCAAGCUUCUAAAGCUCUGGCAUCAGGUCAGGCAAGUCAGUUAGAUGUUCAAAUCAAAGACCUUAACGAAAAACUAAUUGCUCAAAAUAAUGAACUUAAACUUUUAACUGAAGAAAAUCUAAAAUUAAAAACUGAGUAUAAUAACGUGGAAGAAAAGCUUCAGGACCAGCUAGAUCUCAUUAAGAAAGAAAAGGAAAGCUUACUGCAAGAAAAAGAAUCACUUCAAAAUAACAUCGAUCAGUCAACCUCGACAGCUUCUGGAAAAAUACAAGAGCUUCAAGAUGAACUGAACGCGUUGCAGGUGGAGCUUCAAUUGCUGAAGCCAAAACACGAAGACCUUCAAAACUUACAUGAGGAACUCAAGGCUGAUAAUAAAUCACUAAAUACAAAAUAUGAAGAAAACAGAGAUGAACUUGAAAAAUUAAAAGAAUCACUAAGAAGUAGCAAGGAUGUUUACAAUGAACUGUCAAAAUGCAAAAGAGAAAAUGUUUCUUUACAAAGAGAAAUUGACGGUAUGGAGGACAAAUUUAAAACAGAAAGGCUGAAACUGGAAUCUGAUCUGGAAGAACUUCUGAAAAAUCAGGAAUUUAUGAACACCGCACUGUCAGAACAUAAAGUAAGACUGGAUAUGCUACAGCAGGAGAAAAAUGAUUUCAAGACUGAAAAUAUAAAACUUGUAAAAGCAAACGAAAGACAAUCUAAAAUGAUAUCGGAUCUACAAAAGGAUGUUGACAAAGUAUCGGGGGAAAGUUCCUCUCGAACAGCGUCACUGAAGGAUGAGUUAGAGAAAACACAAAAAGAGCUUAAGAAAACCGAGACCGAACUAAUUCAAGCGAAGCAAGAAAUAGAAAUUGCAAAGAACGAACGCGAAAAUCAAGUUAAUAAACUCUUAAAGCAAAUGGACAAACUAAAGGCUGAGCGUGAGAUUGAAACACAACAGUUAAAGGAUCAAAGUGAAUCUCUUAGGUCAGAAGUGGCUCGCCUCAAAGUAUUUGAGGAUAGAAUCCAAAACAUGGAAACAAAUUUAAAAGAACUUGUACAAAAGCUUCGGGAAACCGAAGAGAGAAACAAGGACGUUACAAAUGAAAAGCUUUUGAGUUUGCAGCAAGUAGUUAAAGAAAUGAAAAGCGAAAAUCUAGCUAACCGUAUACGAGCAGCAGAAAGGGAACAAAACGAACUUGAAAAGCAUAAAAUGGAAUUAGAAAUCAAACAGGAUGCUAUAAAUGAGAUAAGAAAACUAAAAGAUGAAAAUGGUAGAUUACUCGGUCUGCUUGAAGAUAAGCGUGCAGCAGAAGAAGCACAAGAUGAAUGGACUAAGAAGAAACAUAAAUUAAACGAGAUACUAGCGCAAAAUAAACGGUUGCAAGAAGAAAAUACACGACUUCUCGCUUUGGUUGAGGGCAGUCAUUCUGAACAUCUACGGAAGGACCUGCAAGCAAAAACUGAAAAACUAAAACUCAUAGAGUCAAAAUACCAAGAAUUUACAGUAGAAAAUGCAAAUUUAAGACAAGCUAUGGAAGAAAAGGAAAACGAGAUAAAGAAAAUCGGACUGAAAGCUGACAGAAUAACCAGAAUUCAACAUGAAAAUAGGAGACUCAUGACUGAAAGCCAGCGAUUAAGAGAUGAAAUGAUAAAGAAAGAUAAUCUUAUAAGCAGCCUAAAAGAACUUGAAAGUACAAAAGCAAAGUACAUGGAUGCCGCAGCAAAUAAUCAAAGACUUUACGAGGAAAAUAUGCGUUUAAGAGAAACAAUCGAGAAAUCUAAAGACUAUAAAUCAGAAUUUAACAAAGUUAGAGACCAGGAAAAAGCAACAGCUGCGUCAUCAGUUAAGUACCAAGAAGAAACUGCCCUUCUUAAAAACACCCUGCAGGUUAAAGACUCGGAAUUUAGACGCGAGUUAGAGCUUCAUAAAGAAAGGGCUAAUAACAUAAAAGCCCGGAAUAAACGUCUAAUAGACGAAAUGGCUAAACUGAAAGAUGAUAUAAACAGAAAGGAUGAUCUGAUUAUAAAACUCAGAGGACUUGAAUCUGCUGAAGGGAAACUUAAAGAUGCAUCUACAAAUGCAUCACGUCUGUAUGAAGAAAACCAGCGUCUAAGAAACCUUCUAGAAAAUAAUGGGGGUGGCUGGAAGGGAAAUUUCCAAAACGCAAAAUCUCUAUCAGCAAACAGAUUGCGGGAUUCUGUGGAAUCAACAGCUGCGGUCUAUGUGGAACCAAGCAAAACGAAAGUGUCUGCUGACAGAAAGAACAAGUUGUUGAAAGAGAGAAUUGAAGAGGGAGAAGAUCGAGCUCUUGGAAGUGCUGCUUCUGACGAAGAUGGAAGGAUAGGCACAAAUAUGAAGAUAAAAAGAUUAACAAAAUUACCUGACAUCCCUAAGAAGGAGGGAAGUGGGCUUUUAACAGGAUUGAGUUACUCUGAGAUACAUCAAAAGGCUAAAGGACUAAAAGGCGAAAAGUUAGUUCAAGCCCUGACCAAAGAAUUGGAAGCGCAGCAAGCAAAACUCCAGAAACAAGAAAAAGAAAUCAAAACAGCCAAGGAAGAAUUGAACGCAACAAAACCAGACUUCAAACGUGUCAUUGACGAACGUGACACACUUAAGUCUGAAGUGGCAAGAUUAAAGAAAGAACUCGACGUAAAAACAAUUGGAGAAAGCAUGAAUCGAACUUCACAGCUACAGGAACAAAAUAAACGACUGGUACAAGAAAACCACAGGCUCCGAGAGGAAAUCAGUGCUAGAGACCUGCAACUUGCAAAUCACGGGGCACCUGGCUAUAGUGUAGCACAUUACGUUGACAACGGUGAUAAAACAACCGAAGAGAAGCUGAAAUUGUCAAUGGCUGAAAACAGGAGACUGCAGGAAGAGAACAACAGACUACGCGCAGCCUUAGAUGAAACGCACGUAAAUGAUACCGGAAGUAGGUUUAAAGAUCCACAAGUAACAGGCUCAAUGAUUGAGGGAUUCAAAGAUGCUAAAUCUAAGAAGUGGGCAACAUUUCGUGGUGGCGAUAAAAUAAAAAAGAAAGAAGCAAUUAAAAAGAAGGCAAAUGAAACUGAUGAUAACAAAUUAAUGAAACUAGAAGAAAUGGUAGAUACCUAGAUAAACAACUAUGUUGUGCUUUUUUUUAUUAUAGUCAGUUAAAUACCCAUAUAAAAUUAGGUGGCAUAUAGACAAGCAGGUUUUAGUUCGUACUUUCAUAGUUUAAUGCUAUAUUCCUAUGUAUACACAUAUGGAUACGUCACAGACGUCAUUACAUUAUCUAGGGUUGUCCUUAGAAGUACGUACAUUGUAUUUAAAAAGAUGAACAGAAAAUUUUAAGUUAUUGUCAUUUGGCAUUUCCUUUGCCUCUAACUCUUUUUAAUUGUGGCAACUUUAAAACCAUUAUCAUCCCUUGAGAUGAAGUUGUAUGAAAUUCUGUUUCAAAACGAUCUGGCUCAGAAAAAAUAGUUGCUUCGUGCGUAACCCGUGCCACUGUGUAUAAUGCAAGAUAUUGUUUCUUUUCGCAAAGAGUUUUAGAAUAUAUCAGAUGUCAAAUCAGAUUUUAAGUGCUUAUUCACUUGCAUGUAUUACGGACAAUUUAGUCCUUUAUUUAUUCUCUGAUUAAUUUAUUCUUAUUUACCUAUUUAUUUGUCUGAAUACUUAUUCACAUGUAUUACUGACAAUUUAGUCAUUUAUUUAUUAUCUGAUUAAUUUAUUCUUAUAUGCAUGUACCUAUUUAUUUGCCUGAAUGAAACAUACAUUUAUACAUGUGGAAACCAUAGUGCAGCAGAAAUAUAUUACUGCCUGCUCUUGAAUGUGAGCAUGAAUUUGCUUAUUUACAACUUAAGUGGUGCGAAGGAUUUGUACUGUACCAAUCACACUUUUUUUCAGUUGAUAAUUGUGAUUUACCAGUGAUAUAUCUGAAAAUUAAAAAAAAAAACGUUACUGGUAUGGAACUACAAAUGGGGAAAAUGGGUUAACACCAUAAAUAAAAUAAAAUUGUUUUAUGUGUAAGAUCAAAUCAUAUUUCACUUCUUAACACUAGAUCUUAUAUUUUAGCUCGCCACUCGUAAAAAUAUGCACCUGUAGUUCUUACAGACAUUUUGAUUUGAAACUGGAACAAAAAUAUCAUAUUUAUUUUAACAAAUAA